GAUGAAUAUAAAUAAAUGUAAAUAUUAGAUAAGGUAUAAAGUGGAAUCUAAAUAAAUAUAUAGUGGUGGGGGAUCAUACGAUUAAGAAGGAAAUCAAAUAAAGAUAGGAAAGUGGAUAGAACUGUUUGAAUGGUCCCCAAAAUAUGCAUAAACCACUAAUAAUGGUGAAUAUAGUAUGAAAGGUCAAAAAGUAGGCAUUUGGGUUAAAAUGGAUAUAGGCAACAAUGAGAAAAGAGGAGAAACCAAAUACAAUGAUUGAAAAUUUACAAAAGCCUAAUUUAAAUAUGCAACAUAUAAUAG